AUGAGUGCCCCGCAGGGGAUAGAACUCCUCGUGACUGGCCUCUUGGCCUACGAAACGCUGGAGCGUGUUCGCGUCCAGCUUUUUCAAACGCUGCCCCUGGGCUCGCAAUAUAUCUCGCAGUUCUUUGCAUGCCACGGAUAUGCCACGGUCACGGUGACCGCGAAUAGCCUGGUCGAUGCUGUAGAUGUUUUAGAUGUCCAGUGCUCCAGUGCCAGUUCUGAGGCCAGGCCCGCCACGGGCCACAGGAUCCUGGAGGGCGGCGCCUACAACAAGCUGUUGCGCGGCCAGCCGGAGCUCCCAACGGAUGACAGCCUGGCGUUCUACGUCCACAUCGUCAAGCACUUGGCCAUGAGAGUGACCGCAGAGACGGCGGAGCGGCUGCUCAUGCCCGCUGCCCUUGAAGUGGCUGACGCCGAGGACCAGGCAACCGUCCUGCCCGUCUUGAAGGAGGCUGCGAGGUUCAUCAUGCAUCCGGAGAACCUGGCCUCCACCAGCGCGCGGGUAGCCUGCCUCCGCAUCUUGCAGGUCAAAGACCCUCGCGUGCGGGCAGCCGCGGUGGAGGUCUUGGAAGACGACCUCCUGCCACGCUUGGUCGAUGCGCUGCGCUCCAUCUGGGUGGCGGUUGCGGUGGCGGCCCGCGAGCAGGAUGCCUCGGCUUUCAAGGCCGCAACGAACUCCGAGGAGGACAUCCUCGAGUUCGUGGCGGAGUUGUUGGGCCUUGGGCUGCCUUGGGUUACACAGGCCAUCGCCGACCAGAUCUUCGCCGCGCUGCUGCUGCCGCAGCUCCUCAUUCUGGCCGUGCGGCACCAGGAGGAGGUCCAGCCUCAGUACGUCCGGCCAUGCAUGGCGGACUCGCCCAAGCCCCCGCCGGUCCUCCCCGUGCCGUCCCUGCUGCACUUGUACCAGGAUUUCGUGUCACCCUGGGCGAGCCCCAAGGCAUCACCGGUCCAUCAUGGCCAGGAGGAGAUGCCGGAAGCAGAGGACGUCCCGGAUGAUCUGGACGAAGCGCUGGCUCUCCGCCGCGGUCCCGGAAGCAGGUUUGCGCUGGUCUGCGGUUUGACGCCAGCAUUGUUUGCAGGCGUGUGCGUUUGCAGGCGUGUUGUUUUCUUCGGCUUCUUUUCCUCUCUCGCAAUUCUCUACAGUUCUCCCUCUCGCUUGCUCUGCGUCUCGCAUCUCCCCAACACCGUACACCCGGCACCGUGGUCUGUCAUUCCAUCGAGGCAGCAUUGGAACCUGCUUGAAGCAGAUGCGUCUGGACAAGACGGUAGGCCAGAGGGGAAGCGCUUGGGGCGUCAGAUGUCGCGAGACGAUGCGGGAAGCGCGGUACCCUGCCUGAUUGCAGGCAUCAUGGUCCCCAUCAUCCAGUUGCUGCUGUGGCCAGUCGGGGCCUUGCCAUGCCAUGCGACCAUGUCUUUGCCUCACAUCUCAGGUGGUUCCUGCGGUUUUGGCGCAGAGGAAGGCGCCUGUCUCCACGCACUUGAGUGCGCACGUGUGCGUGAGACAGGGGACGGCGCAUCACCAUCGUGCCACCGUCAUGUCACCAUCGCUAUGCGCCAGGCGUUGGGUACGGCCACCUGGAGGGAGGCCGGGAGAGGGGCAGAGAUGCUUCAAGAUAUCGCUGGCAUACCGGUAAUGCAAAGCCGAUCGGCCGCCAUUGCGUGUGAGGUGUGCCACGGCUUUGCGAAUCUCAGCGCAGGGCACAGCCUGGAGGACACCGGGGAAGCGUGGCAAGCGCUACGUUGCCAUCCCCCCAAACACCACCCGUGA